CAAUAAGUAGAGCGAGUUGGGAUCGAUAAAUCUGUUACAGUCUUUCCGGCUAUGUUAAUUUAGCCUGAGCCAGUUGAAACUUUUCAGAAAUUUUCACUCUUCACUAUGAGCAUCGCCAGUAACACCAGCAACGUCUAUCAGUUCCAGAAGGAGAACAUUUUGCCGGCGUCUGACCCCAGGUCUCCGUUCCAUGUUGGCCUACCAUCUUUUGAGUCCAAGCCCAUUGAUGAUUUGGUGGACUACUUCAAGUACUGGAAACUCUUUGUCAAGGCUCUUAUAGCCUACUUCAAGGAAAUUGCGCUAGUCAAAGAGUUUGAAGCGAAUCUCAGCUACCAGUUGAUUAGCUCCGUGCAAUUUCCAGGAUGCAAAGAUUUACCCAAAGUGGUUCUUCAGGAAAUCAAUAACCACCAGUCUCCCAGUCCAGGAGGCACGCCCACCAAGGAGGUGAAGCGAAAUUUGUCUAGCAACAGUUUGAAUACCACUGUCUCUACGACGAACCUGCUGGACAAACGCCCCGGACUCUUUAAGUCCAAGUCCAAUACAACCUUCAUGAAGUCGCAAGGCGUCUCCCAUAAGAAGUCUGCCAGCAUCAAUGGAUCUACUACGAAGACAAGUGGUGUUCAGUACACCAAUGACAUCAAAGUGCCAGUAAAUUUCUUUCCAGAAGCCUCGAUGUUCAAAGGCUUUCCGGCACUUAUGAUAAGUCAACACCAUACCUCGUAUUUGACUUGUACCAAGUUGCACCGUGACCUAACCACCAAGUUUAUUCCCAGAUUGGAGACUUUGCAUAAACAGUUAUCGGGAAAAAUCAAAGAAAUCCGAGCAUCCUUGAAAAACGAAUCUUUCGCCAAUCCACAGUUGGCGAUGGAAGUAAGUGAAACAGGCAAGAUCUUAAACAAGUACAUGGUCUCUGUAUGUAGAUACAACGAAGCCAAGCCUGUUCUCAAGAAGAAGGUAUUUGAAGACGAUGAGGAAACUGGUGUUCUAGAUGAUCCGUUCCUCUUGAAAUUGAAGCUAGACUAUCAAUUGAAGAACCAGUUGAUCUUGGAAGGCUACAUCUUUGCUCUGUAUUCGAAUUUGCAAAAUAUUGCUAGAGAUCUUCUUGUUCAUGUUUUCAAGGAAUUAAACUGGGUCGUGGACAAGUUCGGCAAGUUGCAGUUGAACCAGGAGUUCUACCAAUAUUUGAAGACUAAGAUAUCGAUGUCGGCACAAUUUGAAUGGGACCAUUUCAUCUCCAUGAACCCUAAUUUUUUGAAUACCUACAAGGCUACGCCGGUACAACCAAAGCAUGAAUUGAGAUCGUACAAGUCCAUUGUCAUUCCUUAUGCUAACUCCAUCCACAACAAGUGUAUCAGAUUUGGCGUCUUGUACAAGAAAUCUAAAAUCUUAAAGAGUUACAAUAGGCACUAUUAUGUCUUGACCUGUAAUUAUCUCCAUGAAUUCAGAUUCGACAACGAAGAAAAGGAGAAUAAGGACGGCAAGAAGAAUAAGGAAAAAGUUGGAGGCUUCAUUGGACACGACGAUGAACCUAUCAAGUCGUAUAACUUGAAUGAUUAUAUGGUUCAAUGCAAAGAUGAAAAGAGUCUCAAAUUUCAGUUGGUCAAAAGCUCCAAUGAACAGAGAAAAUUCACUUUCAGAUGUCUCAAUGAGACAGAGUAUGCAUACUGGCUCGAUGAUUUACGUGAAUUGUUGAGAUUUGGAUGUAAGCAUCUUUCAAGAUUCCACGAUGUAGCAACCAAGAUUCAACUCAAGGAAGACGAAACUGCCAAGCUGAAGGAGUUGAAGCAACGUGAGAAAUUUGCGCUUGCUGCUGCUUCUAAAUCUACUGGGCCAGGAUUCAAUGGUGUGUUUACUCCCCGAGUCAAGACUCCUAGUGGUGGAAUAUUGGGCAAUCCUUUCGAUCAAAAUUUUUUCAAUCCUAUUCCAAGUUCAGGUUCUGGAACCAACAUAUCUUCACCACUUCACAGUCCAAAUUUGUCACCACGUGAAUCGGUGUUGAACCUUGCCGUCGCUAAUCAGCUUCAUCAACAUCAACAUGAUAAUUACAUCAAGAUGCAAGAUGAAUUCUUUAGACAGCAACAAGAAUUGCUAAGCUACAAGAUGAAGGAGUUGGAGGAGACUCGAAGAACUGAAGAUUCCACGUCGCCAUUAGUAGGAGCAGUCCACAGCAACUCUUCUACGGAGUCGAUGGGCUCAUUGUUGCUUACAAACGGACAACCAUCAGCAGCUGCCGCCUUUAUGGAAGCUAAUAGAAAUUUGAUAAGCAAUCAGAUGAAUAAACCAGUGAGAUUUUCGAUAUCACAAGAUAACGAUGAAUCAGAAGAAAACAGCGAGCUUCCUACCAGGGAAAGUUCUGUUCCAACGGUACUUAUUAGUACUGACCACUAGUAUUGUUUUGCUUGUAUUUGGCUUGACUUGACUUAUACACAUAUAUAAAAUUAUAGAUCUAUAGGAGUUAACAAAUGAACAAAAGUAUACAU